UCCACUCAUCCGAUCAAGAAUAUAGUCUGGCGCCCACCGACCUAUUUUCGCUUAUAUCAUAAAUCACGCAACACAAAAUCCCACCCUGUCUCUUUAUCCUUAACACUGCACGGUCCACACCUCACAAAGUGUACGACAAAAGCAAAGCUUUCUGUUUCACUUAACUAGCUCACUGGCUCUUUGUAAGAGCAAAGAAAAUGGCAACCCUCUCUGCAACUAAGCUCUUCUUCUUAUUCACUUUCCACCUUACCAUUUUCUCCUCCACUACCACCGCUGCCUACACCAUCGGCGUCAACUACGGAACUGUCGCAGACAACCUCCCGCCUCCGCCGCAAGUAGCAAACUUCCUCAAAACCAAAACAAACAUCGACCGCGUCAAGAUAUUCGACGCGAAUCCCGACAUCCUCAAAGCCUUUGCCAACACUGGUAUUUCUGUUACUGUAACGGUCGGAAACGGGGACAUCCCUUCCCUCGCUAAACUCCCCGGGGCCCAAUCCUGGAUCGCCAAUAACAUCUUGCCACAUCACCCGCAAACGAUCAUCAGAUACAUCGCCGUUGGGAACGAAAUCCUCGCCACGUCUGAUAAAUCCCUCAUCGCUCACCUUUUACCCGCCAUGAAAGCUCUCAGAUCGGCUCUCGACAUGGCUAAUGCUUCAAGCAUCAAAGUCUCGACUCCGCAUUCACUGGGGAUCUUGUCCACGUCAGAGCCGCCGAGUACGGGGAAGUUCCGCAAAGGAUACGACAAGCUCAUUUUCGCGCCGAUUUUGGAGUUCCACAAUCAAACAAAAUCGCCUUUCAUGGUAAAUCCAUACCCUUACUUCGGCUUCAAGCCUCAAACGUUAAACUACGCUUUGUUUAAACCCAAUGCUGGCGUUUUUGACGCGGCUACCGGGAUAAACUACACCAACAUGUUUGAUGCGCAACUGGACGCGGUUUAUUCAGCAAUGAAACGGGUCGGGUAUGGGGAUGUGGAAAUCGUGGUGGCUGAAACCGGGUGGCCUUCGGUGGGUGAUCCGGGUCAACCCGGUGUGAGUUUGGAGAAUGCUUUGUCGUUUAAUGGAAACCUCAUGAAGCAUGUGAACUCUGGUAAAGGGACUCCUUUGAUGCCGAACAAGACUUUCGAGACUUACAUUUUCUCUUUGUUCAACGAGAACCUGAAGGAGUCUGUUUCGGAGCGGAAUUUCGGGUUGCUCAAACCCGAUCUCAACCCGGUUUACAAUGUGGGCGAUCUCCGUAAUGAACAGGGCCUGGGUCCAGCAUCGGCCCCACCGACGGCCAGAGCACCAUCAGCUGGUUCAGGGAAAUGGUGCGUGCCUAAAUCAGACGCCAGCAUUGCGGCGCUCCAGGCGAACAUCGAUUACGUGUGUAGUACCGGAUUGGAUUGUAGGCCAAUCCAAGCAGGUGGGGCCUGCUUUAACCCCAACAAUGUGCGGUCACAUGCAUCCUACGCAAUGAAUGCUUACUAUCAAGCCAAUGGUCGUCAUGACUUCAACUGCGAUUUCGAUCAUACAGGUGUCAUCACCUCCACCGAUCCAAGUCAUGAGGCAUGUAAUUAUUCAAUUGGUCAAGGGGCAGGGUUAAAGUUGGAAAAGUCGGUGGCUGCAGAUGCGACGAGCUUUUGCAGCGUUUGGCAGAUGAUUUAUUUAGCUUCUGGUCUGAUUUUUGUGCACCUCUCGUUGGUACUGAUUUAGAGUUGAUUAAAUGGCUAACUUUUUAUGUGACGGGCCUAGGUAGCUUUUAUUCGAAAAUCAAUAUAUUUUUUUGGCCAAGGUUGUACUUCUACCUUUUGAGUGAACCAAGGGGCUUGGGGCUGUCUGCCUUUUGUUCCACUGGUUCUUUAGUGGCUUCAAUCCCGGACCAAAUCUUAAAAUAGUGUUAAACUUUGGUCGGUGUAAAGAGGUUGAUGUAUGGCGUAUUUUAUUAAUUAUAAUGGAGUUUACACUUCAGACUCCCAUUAUGUUGUAGCUAAAGUGGUUCGUCUCAUCUUUUGUUUAUGCCACUUUCUAGACGAUUCUAUUUGAAAGAAUUUCAAUUUGGAAUGAAGUAGUUAUCAAUCGGCUUGUA